AUGGAUAAGAACUGCAUUAACACAGCCAUGUGUUUCAUGCCCAGCGCAGAAACAAAAUUUGAUGUUAGAUGUGGGUCAAUAAACAAUCAUUUGAAUAUAUUAGCCACAGGAACUGAACAAGGAGUCGUUGUACUUUGGAAAAUAAAUCCUGAAGAUUCUUUCGAUGUGAACCACAACAUUUCUUUGACCAGGUUCAAGGAAAAAUAUGAAAGGAAACAUAAGUUAAAACUGGUCCCAAUUUUUAUGCUAGUGUCAAAUAAUAACUCAGUUGCUUUUCCUGUAAUUCAAGUAGAGUUCGCAAUAGGCUCAAAUUAUACGUCAUCGCUAAACCUUAACAAGGACUCUUCAAGAGGUUUCAACUCUGUAGAAAUCGGUGAGGAUAUUCUUUUAGGGUUACACGAAGACAGUAGCCUGUGCAUCUGGUCACUCAGUAGUUACAGAUGUUUACAUAGAAUUAGAGGCCCGCCAUUCCCUAUCCGAAGUAUUAAAGUGCUACCAGAUCGCAGAUUUAUAGCCACCGUCGGUGAUUCAAAGGUUAAUGUCAUCGACAUUUGGAACAUAAAGCUUAUUGAGACAUUGGAUAUUAAUAACAAACUAGUUUUGAACAAAGAGAAAGGUGCGAGAAGUAUAGAAACAAAUUCGUCUGAUGAACAAAAAUCUGAUUUCAGUGGAACCUCUGAAACAUCUGACACCAGCCCCAAGAUUUUAACAACAUCGUGUAAUUCCUUUCCAAGAAUUAAAAUUAAAAACGGAGUUUUAAAAGACAAUAAUAGAGAAGGUCGUAAUGAGUUUAAUAAUGUAGAUCAAGACGGAAGUAGAAUUAUAAUAUUUGUGGCAAUAACCAAUAACAACGAGAUGCUGGUGUGGGACUUAACGCAUUCUAUAUUAUCGCACAAAUCAAGUGAACCGAGUUUCAAUGGGCCAGUUAAAGUCAUAACUGAAUGGGAUACCAUACACCAAAUUACAGUUCCUAUAAUCAAUCACAACAAUUCACACUCUACAGUAAAUGGUGGACCCGCCAAUAAUAAACCUGGAACCAUUGAUAACAAGAUGGCUAAUAAUAAGGUUACUAAUAGUAUAAAUAAUACAAACUGUAAAUUUACAAGGGGGCACGUAAAGAAGCCCACAAUAAGAGAGUAUAUUUAUGAGUUGGAGAAUGAUCCGGGUGAACUAUGCGUAAUAGGGAAUUAUUUGUUAUUGAUGGUCGGAUACCGAAUUUUGGUGUGGUUUUAUGAAGCACAUGAGCUAACAAGAACAGCUGAAAUAUUAAGCUUUUCAGACGAUGAUUUUAGCACUAAGAAUAAAUGGCUAGGACUAGACUGCAUUAAAUUCAGAAGUCAAACGGUGUUAUGUUCCUGGCUAAAGAGUGGGAAAAUGAAGUUUUUCAUAGUCCCAAAAGGUAACAAUAGACAUUUUGAACCUAUGAAAGAAUCCAUAAACUUCCCAACAUCUCGAUUUAACUCAGAGAAAAGUUAUGUGAUUUAUCAUAAUCAUAGAGAAGAAAGUGAUAACUUUGAAGAUUUGUACUUAUUUUCAUUUGAUAAGAAUGUGUAUUAUAGCAAAAAUGGAUUGAAUGAUUGGGAGGUUCAGAAGAUUAACUGGACUAAUCAUCCCAAUUAUACUAAAGUCAAAUUCACAUGUUUGGCUGAUAGGUCAGGUAAUUUGACCAAGUUCGACUUAUAUUCGAACGGAGAUUUAAUAGUGAAUCAUCUCAAAACCUUUAAAACAGAGAUUAUGACACCGCCGACCCUAUUUUUGUACAUUGUUAAUAACAUUAACAGGACAUGGAAGUUCACACCAUUUAUACUUACUGACGCGAUAAACGAAUAUUUACAUCGUUUUAAUGCAAGAUCCGGUUCCUUUAGUUCAUUCAACUCAAAAAUGAAUGAGUUGGAAAAGACCAGUGGUGUUAGAAUAAUGCACAGUACCUGUGAAUAUAUAGUGUUAGGAUUUGAGACGUCGGUGCUGGUAUACUCAAUCCGUAGUUUGAGAGUAAAAUUUUAUAUAAACGCAGUACAUUUUUCAAAAAUAAGAUCAAUCCAUAACGUACAUAGUUUAUUAGGAGAAAAUGCAUCAGAGCUGGUGGAGUUGCCGACAAAUUUUGCCACAAUCGACGCUGAAGGAUAUUUGGUAAUAUUUAACAUUCACGAAAUAAACAAAAGUUCCAAAAAGUCAGAUAGUUCAGACCACAACAAAAUCGAAAUCGAUGACGAGUCGAUAUAUAAAAGUGAUUCAAUUCAAGUGGAAAAUGAUUUUGGACUUUCCGACCCAGCAUCAAACUGUCUAACAGACUUGCAGCUGUCAAACUUCUUUAUAUAUUUAAAGAACCUGAAAGGAAUUUACCGCAUCAACUCCAAGUAUCAAUUAUCAAAUAUUUGUAUAGACAGACUAGUGCUUGAUAAGAAUAGAGACCUGCUCUUAAUUCUAACGAGUACAAACGUGCUUAUUUGGAGGCUAAGCACAGGUGAUUUCAUUUCAAAGUUUCCGUACCUGUCACUAUAUAGGCAAGCUAUUUUUUCAACCAGCACAGAUACUAGCUCGUCAAAUAAUACUAAGGAUAUCAAUAACAUAACAAUAUCAGACGCACUCUCAGUUUUUUUAAACUUCAACUCCGAUACCUGCGAAUCACAGGAGUUAAAAAUACCCAACUAUUAUUCCUCACUGUCACUGUUUUCUGAAAAGUAUAAAAAGAGGAUCUCAUCGAACCUUUUCCUCUCUAACUUAGUCCUUCAAUUUUCACAGUCAAAUAUUGAUAAUGGAACAAAUAGGCUAAAGGAUGAUAGUAGUGAGAUGGUUGGAGUUCCAGAGGAUAUUAAUGCCAGUAAAAUAUGCAUAAACUCGAUUAAAAGGAGUGCAAUUUGUCCAACAGAAUGCAACCACUCUGAGUGUGAUGUAACAAACUGUUCAAUUCCUUUUAUUAUAUUGCCACUUGAGUAUUUGCUGGACGCUGAGAAUAAUAGAAUUGAUUUUUUGACUCUCUCGAAGGAUUCAAUUUUCUGUUAUUUGGGAAUACCAAAUGGAAGUUUAACAAUACCACUUGGAGUGAGCUUUAAUGAACGGGUUUAUAACCUGAUUAAGAAACGUACGACAGAAUCUAUGGUGGAUUGUAGUCCUUCAAACCGUAUAAAUAGCUCCCUUAACACCACUGAUGAUGGAGUUAACAGUAGGUAUAUGCUAACCUGUAACAUGUUUUACAAGCAAUUCCUGUCCAAAAUAUGCGAUAAUAUCUCUGCAAAGGAGUUUAAAAAUGCUAACACAAGGAAGUAUAGUAUCGAUGACGUGAGCAUGAGUUUAACUUCUUACCCCUUUAAAGAUUUUGGAGCAAAUAAUGUGGAUGUCUGGCUUAUUAUCAACAUAAUGAUGAAUACAGAACGCGUAAACUCACUUGAUAAAGUUUUCUGGUUCUUACAAAGCUAUUUGAAGGUAAUUGAAAAGGAGGAAAUUGAUUUACACGUCUCAAGAGCACUGGCAAAUAUACAUGUUUCCCAGUCCUUUAAGUUGAAUGGUAAGGCAAACCUGCCUCAAAUCCACAUCUGUGACUGCAAUUUCACAGUUUUUACCUUUGGUACCAGCUGUGGCUCAUGCCAUAAAACGAAAUCAGACACUGAGUUUACACAGCCGAUUAAGAAUUUAAAGAACAUUUAUGAAGACCAGUCGAUAAUUCUACUCUCAUUAAUCUCAGUUGAAAAUUUUAUUUACUCACUCAAGUCAUCAAUCAGACUAGGCAUAAAAUGUUAUUCCCUGUCAUCAUACGUGUUUAAGCUCUUAUUAACGAAGCUACUGAGUUUGGAGGAGAAUAGCGAGUUUACAAAAACUUUAAAGGGAAACAAAAAAGGUAACGGGUCUGUGCUAAAAAGUACUAAGAAUUUUGACGUUAAAGGUUUUCUCUUGAAUGUGUUCGAACAAGGGUUCGGAGUCGUGUGGAACCUGUCCAACUUUUCGAAGCAUUCAAUUCUCCCAGAUCAAAUUCGACAUACUAAAUACUCGACACUGUUUAGACAAAGCACCCAUAUCACCAAUAUAUCGUCAAUCGAUACAGCAUACUUCAUUUUGUAUGCAUUUCAUCAUUAUCACGUACUGAGAGACAAGUCGUGGACUAAGAUUCUGCUGGUUUCAUGCAGUCAAGAUACUUCUCUUGCAUUGUACAUCAUUGGGUGGAUCGUAAAGAAGAGGAAAUUGAGCAACAAGGCCAUAAUUAGUGCGUUGAAUCUAAUAGUUGAUUUCAUGGAGAAUUAUGUUGAACUCAGUUUCACGUACCUAGCUGACAUUGUUAGCAUCGUCAUCAAGUGCUUAGACCCCCUCGACUAUAAUAUUAGAGUGUUGUUAUUGAAGCCAGCCACAAACGCCUUGUUCUAUAUGGUCAAGAAUGUUCCAAUGGUUGACUUUCACCAGGAUACGCAGAGAUUUGCCGUGGGAUCUCAGUCGGGUCACGUAAUUAUUUAUGACAUUAGAACAGCCACAAAGUGGAGAAUGUUCAUUGGCAGUCAAAGCCAAAUUGCUUGUAUAGCCUUUGGAUCAAAUGGUAACUUAAUUGCAGCCUACUAUAACCAAAUCCCAGCAUUUAUGGUUUGGAAGUGUUCCUCGUCGGGACUCAUCGGGUCACUGCUCUCAAAUACUAACAAGGAACUCAAGUCCAUUAAACUAAAACCAAUCAACAUACUACCUGACCUAAACCAGGUAAUUAAAACACCUAUUCUCUUUUCAGUUAAAUAUUUAAUUUACACAUAUUUUUAA